AUGGUUCUACACAAGCAUGGAGAAAGAUUAUACUCUGGGCUCAAGCAGGUUGUUACAGAUCAUCUCAUAGAAAAGGUAUGGUAUCUUCCUUCUGCGGUUAAUGUUUUUCUUGCCAGCUGAGAUUGUGAAAGUGGCAUGAAAUGAAUUUUUCUCUGAAUGGAACCUUUUUCCUGUAAGUGCUAUUGCUUCAUCUUGUGGCAGACAAAUGGGAUUCAGUUUGUGACAAUGUGUUUAUUUGGGUGUUUUUCUCUUCAGUCAUGUUUUCUCAUUUUUGUUUUUUUCUUGUAAGAUUCGCAAAGAUGUCGUGGCUUCACUCAAUAACAAUUUCUUGGAUACAUUGAAUGCGGCUUGGAAUGAUCACCAGACAUCUAUGGUGAUGAUCAGAGAUAUUCUUAUGUACAUGGUAGGUCAUUGCUCUUAAGAAAGUACUUCAUAAAGAUCAGGGUUUGCAAAUACGCCAAAUUUGGUGUAUUUUACACCAGAAUUGUUCAGAUGAUUUCACAUAGGUUAUGGAGGGAGUCACUUCGACUCCAGAAAUUUUCGGUGACAAACAGAGAGCCACUUCGACUCCAGAAAUUUUCGGCAACAAACACAGUUUUGUCCUUACCCUUUUUGCAACAAAUACAAUUUACGUUAAUUGUAAAUGUUGUAAACCUUAAUUAAAUCAUCAAAAUUAAAGAAUUAUACUGCACGACAAAACAGGAAGAGGGUAAAUUACGAUCAAAGUUUACUCUAUGACCACCAUCCUGGAUUUGAGCUUUCCAGGUCAGUGGACCACCACAGCUACUUUUUGUAUCCCUCAGGAUAGUGUAUACAUGCCAGGACCACAUAAUGGAAAGUCGGAAAGUGGCUUUUUUUCGUUGUGAUACUUGACUCCAAAUAUUCCAAAAUGACUCCAAAAUUUGUGAAGUAGAAGUCAUGGUGACUCCACUCAUCAAUAAAAUUUGCAAACCCUGAAGAUGGUUGCAAUUGUUCACUCUGCAGUGUUAGAGAAACUUUAUUCUAAAGGGUUUUGUUAAUGGUUUGUCUAGCGAUAGCCACUUAAUUAUUGAUCAUGAUGUUUCAUCCGUGUAGUGCAGGUCUUCAUUAGGCGAUUGUCUUCAUUUAUUGAGUGAGACUGUUAGUACUGCCAUGAUAUUUUAUUCUUUCCUCUAAUAAUGCCAACAAUGCUGCAGAUCAAAUCCACCUACCACGAAUGAGGUUCGUGAUAACACCACGCACUGACAACCACCUAAGAGAAUAUAGUGAGACAAACCAGGAACAAAAUCCUUGACCAGGCUCUACCAUGUUAAAGUAUAUGUACUCUAGCAGCACUUGGCAUGGUAGCUACUGGCAACUUACUCUUGCCCUUGGGUAACUAGGAUAUCUUACAAUGUAGUUUUUGCAUUCAUCUCGUGCUGUGCGCCCUAGAUUUCAUGGGUUCAGAACAGUGGGCUUCAUGAAAUUUGUCUUAGAGUACUGCCUUUGUAAAGCUAAAGUGCUCUAGUUUGAAUGGUGACACUAUAUGAUUUACAUUAAUGUAUCUGCAAACUCGCAAGUUAGAAAAAUGUUUCUGGUCUUCUAAAUAGCUUUGAGAGUAAAAUGAGUAAGAGCUGAUCUCCCCACUUAUUGCUUAUUACAGGAUUAUCUAUCUUUUUUUUCAGGAUAGAGUGUAUGUUCAACAAAAUGGUGUUGAUAAUGUUUACAACUUAGGCUUAAUCCUCUUCAGGGACCUGGUUAGUUUCUUGUUGAUCUAA